AUGAACGGUUUGGAGAGAGUAAAAGUGAGAGGCGGCUGGGCAUCCCAGUUCAAAUGGCACCUCAUCCCCAAACCCCACCCCGACAGGUCUGUUCACGUCGUGUUUGCUGCUGUCGGUCUGACCGCCUUCUCAACUCGGGCUUCCUCUGACAACGGUCCGUUCCCCUUCUUGAGCUCAGAGACACAGAGAGUCCCGAAUAACAUGGACGAUGGUAAGCCGUACGUGAAUGUGAGGUUCGCAAAAACGGGCCCACAGUCUUCUUGCAACGUGUCACAGAUUCGUCAGUCGAACGAAACAUGCCACCGAAACAAUAAUCUGUCCGAUCUUAAACGAAUGCUUAGCGAUCUCCGUCACAAGUUCACUGAGAUGGAAACGAAAUACAGAUCUAUCAAGGAAACCAAGGCUGAAAUCUAUAAAUUGUUAACCAGCAGAAGAGAGCAGACGUGUCCUCAGAACUGGAUCGUAACAGGAAAUUGGUGUUAUUUCAUAUCCUCCUUUGAGAAAUCUUAUGAUGCAGCGAGGAAACAUUGUUCAAAUUUUGAUGCAAGGCUCCUCGAAGUAAAUUCAAAAGAGGAAGAGGAUGUUGUUCCCAAAUCUCUCGGCCAUCCAUUCAGAACAUUCUGGAUUGGAAAAGGCGAAAACGGGGAAGAUGCUUCUAGUCUUAUGUACAGGGAUGACACUGGAACGUCCGUCUGCGGUAACUGCGACUCGAACGGAUGGAGGAUCCUCUGCAAUGGUCAACACCGUUUCAUCUGCGAGAAGCCUCAUCGUUCCUACAGCAGGGUGACCAGAACUGAACACAGUACUCCAGGUGUGGGUUCACCGAUGUCUUGUACAACUGCAAUGUGACCUCCCGACUCCUGUACUCAGUGAAGCCCAGCGUGCCACACGUCCUGUCUACCUGUAUCGCGUGUUUGCCACCGGAAUCACCAUCUGAUUUAUUGUCUGUGACUUAUACCACCUGAGAGUUGAU